UCAGCAGCAUGACUACAGACACCUAACUGUGUAUGCCUUUCACUCUCAGCUGUCAGGCACGUUAGAAACUGUUGUUAAAGCUGUUUAUAGCCGGGUAAGCUAUUCAACAGUUAGUAGCUCGUAGCGGAUUUGCUAGCUUCUCUGGAGUAGCCUCUGUUAUUGACUUCAAGUACGUGUGAAGUUGACAACAACAACCCGGUAAAUACGCUCCAGCCAUGGUGUUUCUGCAGAGCUACUGCGAAGCCAAUUCCUCCAUCUCCCACACCUGGGUGGAUGAAGGUAUCUCCCCCUGCUUCUACUUCACGCUGGUCCCCACCAUCCUGCUCACCAUCGCCUUCUUCCUCGGCACCAUCCACUGCAUAUUCUACCAGAAAUAUGGCACAGCAAUGGAACCCAAGUUCAUCCCACGCUCCCGCCUCUAUGGUUUUCAGCAGGCCGUCUCGAUCCUUCUCCUCCUCCAGUUUUUGAGUGGGACAGUGUGGCGGGCUGCCAGCGGAGGAGAGCUCCCAGGCUAUGUGCUGCUGUAUGGCUGCUUCUCUGUGCUGGCCUGGGCCUGGGCUAUAGCACUGCUCAGGGUGGAGAGACGCAGGGUCCUGGUGAUGGACCGGUCAAGGGGGCACAGCGCGGUCCUCCUGCUCUUCUGGGCCUUGGCUUUCUCAGCUGAGAACUUAGCCUUCAUCUCCUGGUACAGUCCUCACUGGUGGUGGGCGCUGGAGAACAAUCAACAGCAGGUGCAGUUUGCCCUGUGGCUAAUGCGCUACAUUGGCACCGGGCUGCUCUUCUUCAUUGGUCUCAAAGCCCCGGGGUUGCCACGGAGACCGUACAUGCUAUUGAUAAAUGAAGAUGAGCGGGAUGUAGAGAACAGUGGACAGAGUCUUUUGGGCAGAACACAGGACAACCAGUCUACCUGGCAGGGUUUCAGAAAGAAGGUGCGUCUGCUUGUUCCCUACAUGUGGCCCCGAGGAAACAUCUUCCUCCAGCUGCUGGUCGUCUUCUGUUUAGGGCUGCUGGGAGUCGAGAGGGCUAUUAAUGUCUUUGUACCCAUUUACUACAAGAACAUUGUCAAUGAACUGACUAAUCGCAGCAGCUGGUACACUGUGGCCACUACAGUGUGUAUUUAUGUCCUGCUCAAGUUCCUGCAGGGCGGAGGGGCAGGUGCCUCGGGGUUUGUCAGCAACAUGCGCUCUUUCCUGUGGAUCCGGGUGCAGCAGUUCACCAACCGCGUGGUCCAGGUGCGUCUGUUCGCCCACUUGCACUCCCUCUCCCUGCGCUGGCACCUGGGCCGCAAAACCGGUGACGUGCUGAGAAGCAUCGACCGCGGCACCUCCUCCAUUAACAGCUUGCUCAGCUACAUAGUGUUCAGCAUCUUCCCUACUAUCGCUGAUAUUGUCAUCUCUAUCAUCUACUUCAUCACAUAUUUCAAUGCCUGGUUCGGCCUCAUCAUCUUCAUCUGCAUGGCCCUGUACCUCACUUUGACCAUCAUCAUCACUGAGUGGAGGACCAAGUACAGGCGAGACAUGAAUCUGCAGGACAACAAUGCCAAGUCCAAGGCUGUGGACUCUUUGUUAAACUUUGAGACGGUAAAAUACUACAAUGCAGAGAACUAUGAAGUCGGCCGUUUCGAGGAUACCAUCUUAAAAUAUCAGGUGUCAGAGUGGAAGACCCAGGCGUCCUUGGCUUUCCUCAACCAAACACAGAACGCCAUCAUCGGAACAGGCCUGCUGGCCGGCUCCCUGCUCUGUGCCUACUUUGUGACUGAAGGAAAGUUCCAGGUUGGAGAUUUUGUCCUCUUCGGUACCUACAUCAUCCAGCUCUACACCCCUCUCAACUGGUUUGGAACCUACUACAGAAUGAUCCAGAAUUCUUUCAUUGACAUGGAGAACAUGUUUAAACUUUUCGAAGAAGAGGAAGAGGUGAAAGAUGAAGUGAAUGCAGGGAACCUUCUCUACAAACUGGGAAAAGUGGAGUUUGAGAAUGUUUACUUCAGCUACACGAAUGGCAAGGAGAUUCUGAAGGACGUUUCCUUCACUGUCCUGCCAGGACAAACAGUCGCCCUGGUUGGACCGUCAGGGUCUGGGAAGAGCACCAUCAUUCGACUGCUCUUCCGUUUCUAUGACAUUCAGGGAGGCAGCAUUAGCAUCGACGGCCAGGAUAUAUCAAAAGUGAAGCAGACAUCUCUGCGAGCUCAUAUCGGCGUGGUUCCCCAGGAUACCGUGCUUUUCAACGACAACAUCCGAGAUAAUAUUCGCUACGGUCGCAUCACUGCUACUGACCAGGAGGUGGAGGAGGCUGCUAUAGCUGCUGAUAUCCAUGAGAAAAUCAUGACCUUCCCUGAAGGUUAUGAUACGCAGGUGGGUGAAAGAGGUCUGAAGCUGAGUGGAGGAGAGAAGCAGAGGGUGGCCAUUGCCAGAACUAUCCUCAAAGCACCACAGAUCAUCCUGCUGGAUGAGGCCACCUCUGCGCUAGACACACAAACAGAACGCAACAUCCAGGCCUCACUGGCUAAAGUCUGUGCCAAUCGGACAACAGUUGUUGUCGCUCACAGGUUGUCCACCAUCAUCGGAGCAGACCAGAUUCUUGUUAUAAGUGAUGGCCGGAUAGCUGAGCGAGGACGACACGAGGAAUUGCUACUCAAGGGAGGCAUGUAUGCAGACAUGUGGAUGAAACAGCAGCAGGCCCAGGACUCAGAUUCCCCGUCAGACACGGAAGCCAAAGAUCUCAAGUCUGAGAAACUGCAGCCACCGUCAACUUCUUCAGGCCACCACAGCCGCUGAAUGUAUUUUUUUUUUGUUUGUUGUAAAAGAGAACUCAACAUUUUAAAUCCCGUUUUUUUUUUUUAUUUGUAAAAAGUUAAAGCUGAUUUUAAUGUAACACCUAGAUGAAAAUGUUAUUUAUUUGUAAAAAUUUCCAACUAAAUGUGCAAAGGCAGGAGGGAAGGUGCCUUAUGCUGGAGGAGGCAGAAACACAGGGGAAGUGUUCAGAAAUGUAUCAAAAGACAUUUGUAGUAUUAGUUGUGAUAAUGCAGAAAGUUUUUAAUGUAGGAACAAGAGCAGAAAUGUUGAAUUAUUACCACAUUGUAAAAAAACAGAUGUAGAUACUAAUUUGUAAAGAUUUCAAAACAAUAAGUUCAGUGCAAGGCUAAUGAAAAGUAAUGCAUGUUAUAUCAUACCUCCAUCAGGUGGCACCCUGUCUCAUCUUAUUAUAAGGAAGUUUUUAUUUUUAAAAGCACUCCCACCACUUUUUUAUCUUUUUUUUUAGUACAUAUAUAUAUAUAUAUAUAUAUAAAACACACUUUUGUUGGUUUGUGCUGUCUGAUAGAUUAUGUAAAGAUACAAAAGGAAGAGUUGCAAGAAAUGUGGCAAUAAAAACACUAAUCACAGCCUCAACAUUGCAUCUUGUCGGGCUGAGAGGCUAAUGAUUCUUUUUCCCACUGAAUUAAAUGAUAAUGACAAUUGUUCGAUAAACAAGCUGUCAGGGAUUUUAUUCAGCUUCGUUUUAUUUUAGUUUCUGGUUAAUCUCUGAGCUCUGCUGUUAUUUAAAGUGAUAUAUUUUUUUAUUGUGUAAGCCUCUGUAUACUUUUGAUCACUAAGAUAAAAUGGGAUGGUGUUGAUCAUCUGCAUCAUUGUGUUGUCUGUAUUGUGAAGAAUUAAUUUUUACUAAAGAAGUUAGGAUACAAUGUGGCAAUGUAGGAAUUUUUUUAAUUGCUUUUGGCAAACUGGCUGAUUUGCAUUUAAAGUUGUACAAUCCAUGUCUGCCUGUUGUUGGCAGUUAAACACAAUAGAGCUGAUUAUACCAUCAAACUCAAAGGCCAAUGCGGUAAGAAAACCUACUGUUAUUCUCACUUAAUGUAACAUAUAAGUACAUGCAAUCAUAUACAGUAUUUCAAAAUAUGAAUUUAAUGUCUUACAUCUACCUCAUAAAGGUACUGUUCAUUAUUAUUACAUAUUGUAAUUGAGUUUUGUCUUGUACUUAUGAACAAUAAAAGUUUUUUCCAUGGAUUUGUAUGUAAAAUCAGAAGACAUUCGUAUAUGACCCAAAUAUUGGAUCAAUGUUUCAAUUCUGUUGUUGCUCAUAUUUCAUACAGACUACUGAAGGUAUGGCAAAGUGCCAGCAUGUGCUUAUCAAUUAAAAAUGUAAA